AUGUGCCUCAUGAUGAAAUUUAUUCUUCAGCAUCAUCCUUCUUUAAAAAUGAUAUCUAUGAAAUUUUUAGAAUCAGGUCAUAGCUUUUUGCCGGAUGAUUCAGAUUUUAGUGAUUUCGAAAAAGCAUUGAAAUAUCAGCAAAGAUUAUACGUCCCUCAAGAUAAUAUUAAUGUAAUUAAAACAUGUAGGAAGAAAAAGCCAUUUAAGGUUACCGCAAUGGAAAAAAUGGACUUUCAAAAUACUGAAGGUAUGCAAAAAGCUAUUAUUAAUGGAAAAGUUAAUACGGAAGGAAACAAAAUAAACUGGCUCUCCGCAAAAGAAAUUCAAUUGAGGAAAGAUCAUCCCUAUAGUUUAUUUUUAAGAACCUGUCAUUCUACUAAAAAACCGUUUGAGGAAAUUUACCUAAAACCCAAACAAAACAUAAAAAAAUAUCAGCCCUUUCCAGAAAGCUUAGAAUUACUAUGGCCCGAAGGAAAGGCUAUUUCUACUCCAAAAUUAAAGGAUAUCCAAUGA